CGACUUCUGUUCAUGAAAGCUUUGCUGCUUCAAACAAAAAAAAAAAAAUUAUAUCUUUGGCGCUUCUUUCCCCGAAAGCAAUUUUUCUCGAGGUAAUCGUGUCACGUGAUAUAACGACUCGGUUAAACUUUCUGUCCAGAGCAUAAACUCCGAGGCACAUCAAAAACUACAAGAAACAUUCAACCAUCGAGAUGGAAUGAUUAUUUGGAUGUCGGCGUUGAUAUUGAUGAUACUGGGGUUUGACGGGACACAUCGCUCGAUGAAUCACACCCGAUCUAGAGGGUUAGAGGUUUGCCGGGGUUAUUGGACAGCCGUAUAUGCGGGUUUGCCAUAGUAUUGGCUACCGGACGUCUACGAAACAUCCCCUAUGCCGUCACUUCGCUUCGUCUCCAGAAACAAUGAAAUGAAACCAAUGAAAUGAAACCAAUCUUUCGAAAUUGAGUAACAAGAAUGCUAUCAUUUCUAUGUAAAACGGAGUUGUUUGUAUCUUGUAUUGCUCAGUCGGUAUAGAACUAUACAGACUCCGCCAUACGCGCCGGGUCAGUUUCAUAUAUCGGCCCGCCAUCAGCCGGCAAGAGCACAAAUUGAUCACGUAUUGAAACUCCUAGUCAUAGUUUGUUGUGUCCGGCAAACUUCCUGCUGAAUCAAAAUAAUAGGCAGAGUGGUGGUCCAGGUUUCUGUCAGGGUCGCACCAGGUGUCCGGCUCUGUGUCAUGUUAACAGGAAUAUACGAGAAAGGUUUGAAGCCGGCCUGCGCAUACUACCUGUGUGGAGGGACACAGACAACCACAAAUGUAGUCUAGGACCGGGAUAGCAGUUCUAAGGGCACAAGGAAAGGGGGUUCUCAAGACGCCUCUUCGGCUACCAGUGGGAGGUGGCGUGAAGUUCGCACGUUGCUUGCAUAUUGUACCUUAGCAAACAUCUGACAAGAGGCAAGGAACGUCGUGGACAGAAGCCAUGGCAGGGAGAAAGAAGGAUGAUCAGGUGGCAGAUGUCACAGCAACCGGUACUAUUUGUUUCUUCCCCCUGGGAUGUCAACGGCGUACAAUAAAACAUGUGCCCGGCGCCUAUGGUAACCAGCCGGUGGUUAAUUGCCCUGACCGUACGGAGUAUCCCAAGAGAUAGAUACAUCGUCACUCCCGUCUGCAGUUCCCUUCAGCAUGGAACGGAGUAACAUUUCACUGCAGAAGCGAAGGCAUUGCGAAAUUAGACGAAGAAAUCGGGUGAAGACAUAGAGCGAUGAACAACGAUCUAUAUCUCCGCCAUCCCUUAUUCCUUUUUUUUUUUUGUCGGUGAAGAGGAUGUUAUCUGUUUUUCUUCCCUUUACAGGAAGAUAUAUGGCAGUCGGUAUGCCCAGAUCAAACUUCUCACGGAGGGCAGCAGGACAUUAUCCUACAGGCGAAAAGGAAAUAUGAGCAUAGCCAUGGAAGCGAGGUCGUACCAUCGAGAUAUAGUCCUAGCAAAGUAUAUCUUCUCUCAUUGAUAGUGCAACUUGCCCAUUUUAUUUAAUUUAUGCGAUGUUUCACCGUCCUGACGACGAGAGGGAAACAUGGGAGAGACAAGAUACCGUAUGAAAAAAAAAAAAAGUAGUUGCGGAAGACAUAUGGGGAAUCAAGUGGUAAGUUAAAACAGUUUGUCUGAUUGCAGUAUUUACCUGCAACCAAGGCAAUCUGGUUAUAAUUACAUACCUGCGAGCAUGGUUCAAGGGCGACUUGCUUUUCAUACAAUAUGUAUGUUUGCCUUCACCCCCUUUUUCCCACUUUCUUCACCGCAUUGUACCAGUCAGUUUAUGAUAUGACGGGAAGGCGCCUAUAUUCCCAACAUGAAAAAGAUGCAAGGCAGCAAACUCGACAUCCCCCAUGGCGCAUAUGGGGAGCACACGAUAUGUAGAGUGACGAGCUCGUCACUCCGUAUAAGUAAGAUGAGAGCUCACUUCCUUCCGCUCGUCCCUUUGGGGACGGAGAAAAUACAUGUAUCGCCAUCCGACCUGUCUGGUUCAGCCCUAUAUCACGAGAAAUUAUAUGCUGAUCGUGUGGCGUACCGGGGACUUUUUGGUGCGAAUUAUUGGGGAAAGGCUAGGGCAAGGACCGAUGGUCGACUUUUUCAGCUCUUGGUCCUGCAUGUCCCACAGUCGACCUGGAUGGAGCGAAGGGAAUAGUUUGAGUAAGCGUGGGAGCUAGUUUUUGCGUCGCGGGUUGCGGGCUGACAUCAGCCCCUUAAUUAAGGGCAGCCAGCGAUGCCACGUCAGAGACAAGAGAGCACACACAGCGGAGGAUUCAAUGCAGGAGCUUCAGGGAUACGAAGAAGGGCUGUCGUUAAGUUAACUUUUCUGAGAGAGCACAGGCAAAUCACUACUCCUAUUACUUCGGAGCUUACUCAGUAUUCUUGAGGAAGCAUUUUUUAGCUUGCGAGGUAGCUAGUGAAAGGGGGCAGGAAACGGGCACCAGAAGCGUUGUUUGAUUGACGGCCCAUUGAUUGACGGGACGGUUGGUCGCAGGGCUGCUUCCGGGGCCUCGGAGCUCGCAUGCUUAUUCAGAGGCAAUAGUUGCAUUUGAUAGUUGGUUGUUGGAAGCCCUGGAUUUAGCUGUUGGAAGGACGAAGAUCGUGACAAAUAAAUCAUAUAAAUCACUUCUUGCUGAACUUAUCAUAAGACAGCUUGCAGCUAUGCUAUUGCAUCGGAGAACAAGGAAGACAGGGAAGAAAAAUAUCUCUUCCUUUUUCUUUUGGCUGUCCCCAACCAGAGUUCCUUAUGAGUGGCUUUUCAACCGAGAGUAGCCUUGGUUCCUGGCUGGCUAACGCCCUUUCUUGCGCGGCUUUU